GUUUGGUAUUGUUCGUUAAUGGUAUUACGCACCAAUUAAGAGUAAUGUGACACCAUUGCACUCAAGUCGUGUUAAUUGGCCUCACUUCGGCGGAGAACGGCUUUGACGUACAGUUUCAACAGGUGUUUAUUAGAAAAUUGGCUCUGUUGUUGCUGUGUGCAAUCGUUCGUUGAGUGAAGGCAGUAUGGGUAGAACGGGAAGAUUAGGUCCUUUAGUUGGAGCAAUUGAUGAAGGAACAAGCAGCGCAAGAUUCUUGGUGUUCUCUGCUCGAACAUCUGAAGUAAUAGCCUCCCAUCAAAUAGAAUCAUCAUACAUAUUUCCACAAGAAGGAUGGGUGGAACAAGAUCCACUGAAAAUAUUAGAUGCUGUUAAGAUAUGCAUUGAAAAAGUGGCAGAAGAACUUCAAGAGCAAGAAAUAGAACCAAGUGAUAUAGUUACCAUUGGUAUAACUAAUCAGAGGGAGAGUACAGUAGCCUGGGAUUCCAUCACUGGGAAACCUCUUUAUAAUGCUAUAAUAUGGUUAGACAUGCGCACAACUUCCACAGUAGAUGGAUUAUUAUCCAAAGUACCCAAGAAGAAUAAGAAUUGCCUAAAACAGUUAUGUGGUCUGCCACUAAGUCCUUAUUUCAGUGCUUUGAAAAUGAGAUGGCUUAUGGAAAAUAUCCAAGAAGUUAAAGAUGCAGUAAAAGGCAAUCGAUGUUGUUUUGGAACCAUAGAUUCAUGGCUUAUAUGGAAUCUCACUGGUGGUAGUAAUGGUGGUCUGCAUCUAACUGAUGUCACAAAUGCCUCCCGGACAAUGUUAAUGAACAUAGCUACAUUAAAGUGGGAUCCUGAAUUAAGCAGAUUUUUCAACAUACCAAUAAACCUUUUACCUGCAAUACACAGUUCUUCAGAAAUUUAUGGACACAUAUCUGAUGGACCACUAAAAGGAACACCAAUAUCUGGAUGUCUAGGUGAUCAACAGUCUGCAUUGCUUGGUCAGAUGUGUCUAAAAGAAGGACAAGCAAAAUGCACUUAUGGUACUGGAUGUUUUCUUCUGUAUAACACUGGGACUAAGCUGGUCGAGUCAACUCAUGGCCUUGUGACAACUGUGGCAUACCAGAUGGGCAGUUCACGUGCACCAGUAUAUGCCCUGGAGGGGUCCGUUGCUGUAGCAGGAGCUGCAUUGAGUUGGUUGCGUGACAAUGUCUGUCUCUUGCAUGACGUGUCAGAGACUGAAAGUCUUGCUAGUACUGUGAAAGACACCAAUGAUGUCUAUUUUGUUCCUGCCUUCUCAGGGCUCUAUGCUCCACAUUGGCAGAAGGAUGCGAGAGGAACAAUAUGUGGCAUUAGUGAAGAUACAACACAAAGGCAUAUAAUUCGUGCUGCACUUGAAGCCGUCUGUUUCCAGAUAAGAGACAUCCUUGAAGCUAUGAACAAAGAUUGUGGAAUUCCUCUUCAGAAGCUACAAGUAGAUGGUGGCAUGACUUCUAACAACUUAUUAAUGCAAUUGCAAGCUGAUUUGACAGGGAUUCCCGUCAAACGGCCAGUGAUGAGUGAAACAACUGCCUUAGGUGCAGCUAUGGCUGCUGGCAGUGCCGAAGGAAUUGAGGUCUGGGACACCACAGAGCUUCAUCCAACGCUCUGUGAUGAAUUUAAGCCUGCUAUAAGUAAUGAAGAACGAAAUCUUCGAUAUUCAAAGUGGAAAAUGGCAGUAGAAAGAAGCCUUGGUUGGCAAGUGGCAGACUCAAAUGAUGAAAUAUAGAUAUCUAAAUGGUAGAUGGGAUUGUUUAAUGUGACCUAAUAUGCUUGUGAAUCUUGUGUAGGCCAUGAGAUACCUGUAGUUUUCAACAGAUAAUUUUUUUUUUUUUUU